UAAGCCAAAACCCCUUUUAGCUUUAACUAAGGUUCUUUCUUGAUAGCCCUGCGUGAGUGUGAGCAGUGUGAGCAGUGGACAGAGGCAGUAAUAAGAAGCGCAGCGCUUUUUUUUCCCCUCCCUGUCGCUGCCAUUUUGUUUGUUUUCGAUCGCUCAUUCACUUUGGCUUUGCUCCAAGCGCUUUCCAUCGCUCCGAAAUCGAUCCCAUUUCCUUGGAGUGAGGAUUUAAUCGCCUCGCCAAUCCAGUGCUAGGCUAUAGCUAUGGGGAAUGCGUGCUUGCGGAGUAGCGAGAUCCACCACCACCAAGAAGAGGAGGACGAGGACGAGAUAAUGGGAGGCUCGCUGGCCUCCAAGAGGCUCAAUCUCUUGAGGAAGAAGAAGCUCCAGCAAUCUAAAGCUGCGUUCUCUUCUCCAUCUUCUUCUUCUUCUUCUUCUUCUGCUAUGGCUACUUCUUCUUCUUCUUCUUCUUCUUCUUCAUCUCGAUCUCUUGUUGUUCCUGUGGAGAUGAAGCCCGCCAUGGAGAUCCUGCCCAGCUCCCAGGAGGGCGUGAUGCGAGUGAAGCUCAUCAUCUCCACGAACCAAAUGGCCAGUAUGAUCAAUGCGAGCUACAAAAAGGACGACUUCCUCGAGAGCCUCAUCACGUCGCUGCUCAAGGAGAAGGGGAUCAACAUUCCAGAGCAGCAGCAGCACAAGCUCUCCGCCUCCAGCUCCAGGAAAUCGAGCUUCUCGUCGUGGAAGCCCGCAUUGGAGAGCAUUCCCGAGGUCAGAUCAUCCUAGAACAGACAUUCUCUCGACGCGGGAGCUCCUUUUUCGAUCUCGUCAGCUAUUUAUUGGUUGGACGAUUUUCAGUCUUUUAGUAUGUUUCUCCCUUCCCUCGGUGUUCUUCCGGUUAAAGCUUCUCCAGUCGAUCAAAACUCGAUCUGGGCGUUUGAUCCAGCAGAAGCCCACCACGAGAUUGGAGCCAAGAACAAUAUACCAGCAGCAUUCCGGCGAGAAACGAUUUACCUCUCGAAAGAAUCCCCUCUUUUCCUUUUGUAUAGAAGCGAUACUGCUCUAACUCUGCUACUACUACUAUACAUGAAAAGUUCCUCUUUUUCUUGUC